GGAGAAGAGAUGUUCUUUACGCUCCGAGAAACGUGUCUACAGUUUGCCUGUUGUGCUGAAAAAGAUGACUUGAUGCGCAAUCAUGUCAAGAUACUGCUGAGCGAACGCGGAGGUUUACACGCAUCAAAAUAGAUCAUUUGUACCUUGAUUAGCUGAAAACUGCAGUGUUGUUUCCGCAGAACCCAAUCACGCUUUUUCUCACGGACAGCUUCGCCAAAACUCCCCGAGCACCGAAUAACUGACUGAUAUGGAAUUCUUCAUCCCGUUGAUCCUCCUGUCUGCGGGGAUACCGCUAGUGUUGGCUCAGUUUAUGGGAGGUUUUGGUGGAAUGGGAAUGAUGGGCGGAGCCGGAAUGGGAGGUUAUGGCGGUAUGGGCGGUUACGGUGGGAUGGGCGGAUAUGGAGGAAUGGGUGGCGGGAUGGGCGGAUACGGGGGAAUGGGCGGAUACGGAGGGGACGUGGGAGGGUACGGCGGAGGUGGCGCUGGAUAUGGUGCCGAUGCAUCCAGCGCUUACGGCGGAAUGGGAGCUGGAGGUUACGGCGGAAUGGGAGCUGGAGGUUACGGCGGAAUGGGAGGGUACGGUGGAGCUGCCGGUGCAGGGGCGGUGCCUGACAGUAGAUCCAGCUACAGUGGUGGCUACAGCGCAUCGGAUUACGGCACUGGUAACUCCACAUACAAGCCGCCGCCGAUUAGACCGUUCUUCCAGGGCAUUUUUCCCGGAUAUUACGGUGGUUACCCUUUUGCUAACGGCCCUUACCUGUUUAUUUACGACGAUGGUAAACCAUACAGUCGGCCGGCAAGAGGAAAAUAAAUUAUAUUGCCGUGCACUACCCAUGAUUCCUGCUCAUAAUUUGAUUGUGGCCCACAUGUCAUAUUAUGUGAAUAAUGUGAUAUUAUAAUUCCAAGUUUUUAUGCAGUUUUCUGGAGUCUGCAUCUGUGUGUGCGGUUACAGUGUACGAGUACUUAUGUUGUUGUGCCGCUUAUACUGGUUACAUGCUGCCGCUGGUCGGCAAAACUGAAUU